AUGACACAUCAGGCGCCCUGUGUGGGUGUGAUCCAGCUUCUAGCAGAACCGGUCCGUGUCAGAACCUGUCUCCUUACUAUAAUAGACCAGCAAUUUUCAGCAACAAGCAGACGGCGCCCGCAGCACAAGCGUUCCCAGAGGCGCAUUUUUCGGGUCUCUUUCCAUUGUCGUCUGAACCGAAUUCGUUUUACGAGAGUUGUCUUCGCCACAGCCAAGAACCUGGACUCCUUGUAUCCAGAGUUGUUUGGUGUGGACGGCAUCCCAGACACGCCCACCCAGACACGCCACCCCAGACACGCCACCCCAGACACGCCCACCCAGACAACGCACCCAGACACGCCACCAGACACGCCCACCCCAGACACGCCCACCCCAGACACGCCCACCCCAGACACGCCCAGACAACGCCCAGACACGCCCCAACACGCCCACCCCACGCCCACCCCAGACACGCCUCGUAUCAAGCCGCCCAGACACGCCCUCCCAGACACGCCACCCAGACCCCAGACACGCCCCCCAGACACGCCCACCAGACACGCCCCGCCACCCCAGACACGCCCACCCCAGACACGCCCCCAGACACGCCCCCCAGACACGCCCACACGCCCACCACACGCCCUCCCCAGACACGCCCACCCAGACACGCCACAUCCCCAGACACGCCACGACACGCACCCCAAGCCACCCCAGACUACCCGACGGCCUUCGAACUCGGGUCUCCUGGCAGCUGCGUCUGGUUGGGUUCAGUAG